AGCUUCUUAACCGUGUCUCAGACAGCUCCUUCCUGACCACGGUUCAUCCAGCCAUUGCAGCAUCACACUGCAAUCGCAACAUUAAAGAGCCAUUGGGGUUCAACUCGAUCCUCUGGUCCCCCUAUCUACUCCAAUUUCCGCCAAUUCCACCCCCUAGAUCGAAAAACAACGACAGCAGGGUCACUUGAUGGGUCUACUCAACAUACGCGCGCCGACCUCGUUGCGGCUUGCCUGGGGCGACUCUUGGGACCCUUCAUCAGUGACGGCCUCAUCGCCCUUUAUAAUCUUCAAUAAACCACAAGAAUCGCAUCCAUCCUUCGACAACUUGGCGCUCCUCGUCUUCGGCGCUGUUUUGGAAGUCGUCUGCGUCAGUUUGCCCGGUUACAUCAUCGCGCGCUUGGGCCACUUCGAUGCCGACAAGCAAAAGUUUCUUGCCAACCUCAAUGUUAUGCUAUUUACGCCAUGCCUGAUUUUCACGAAGCUUGCAUCCCAGUUGAACGCCGAUAAGCUCCUCGACCUUGGCAUCAUUCCCAUCAUUUUCCUUAUCCAGACACUUGUUUCGUAUCUCGUCUCCCGAGUUGUGGCAAGAUGUUUCGGCUUCAACAAACGGGCUUCCAACUUCGUCACGGCGAUGGGUGUGUUUGGCAACUCGAACUCGCUGCCCAUCUCUCUCGUCAUCUCGCUCGCCCAGACAUUGCAGGGGUUACACUGGGACAGGAUACCGGGUGACAACGACGAUGAAGUGGCCGCGAGAGGUAUUCUCUACCUAUUGGUUUUCCAGCAGCUCGGUCAGCUGGUUAGAUGGAGCUGGGGUUACCAUGUGUUGCUGGCGCCAAAGUCGAAGUACGAGGAGUACACCGACGAGACGAUUGAGGAGGGCCGCUAUCACGACUAUGAUGAGGAGGAUGACACCGAGCCGCAUGGUUUAAUCGAAGGCGUCGACAUCCUACAUGAGCCCGAGAAUCACGAGGACAGUCGCCCUUCAAGCCCGACACACACCGACGACUCUGCGACCCACUACGAGCCGGCCGGCCGGACGCCCGUCGGGGGCUCUUCCGGGGCGUCGCCGAACGACUCGGAGGACGAUGAGCACGAUGAGCACGACGGGCCCUGGAAGGGCAAGGGAAAGCAGAGCGCGACUGGCCUCGGUCUGAACGGUCAUCUCCAAGGGCACGAAGACCUCGACAGGAUGCUCUCGUUCCCGCACAUCCACAGCACCGACGAAUCCGAAGUGCCGCCGGGCAUCAAGGGCGUCCCCGUGCGCGUGCAACGCUUCGUAAAGAAGACGGAGCUGAAGUCUCGGAACUUCCUCCACACGACCGGCCGGCGCGCAUACGACUCCCUCCCGCGCCCGUUCCAGGCCGCGCUCACGACGCUCCACCGCGUCUGGCAGCGCGUCUACCAGUUCCUCUGGGACUUCAUGAACCCGCCGCUCUGGGCCAUGCUCAUCGCCGUCUUCAUCGCGUCGGUGCCGGAGCUGCAGGCGCUCUUCUUCCGCGAGGGCUCCUUCGUCAAGACGUCGGUCACCAGCGCCAUCAGCUCGUCGGCGGGCGUGGCGGUGCCGCUCAUCCUGGUGGUGCUCGGCGCCAACCUGGCGCGCAACACGCAGGCGCGCGAGGACGAGACGGAGCCCGAGGAGCGCGAGAUCGGCACCCGCCUGCUCGUCGCCUCCCUCGUCAGCCGCAUGCUGCUGCCCACCCUCAUCAUGGCCCCCAUCCUCGCCCUCUUCGCCAAGUUCGUCCCCGUCAGCAUCCUCGACGACCCCAUCUUCGUCAUCGUCUGCUUCCUCCUCACCGGCGCCCCCAGCGCCCUGCAGCUGGCGCAGAUCUGCCAGAUCAAUAAUGUGUAUGAGACGGUCAUGGGGCGGAUUCUGUUUCAGAGCUAUGUUAUUUGGAUCCUGCCGUCGACCCUGAUCCUGGUUCUUUGUGCGAUGCAGGUGGUGGAGUGGGCCAAGUGAGAGAGAGGCUUUCGCCGGGGUGUGUGGUCGGGACGAUAGCAGA